GGGUCCAGCGGGAGUCUCGGCAGCGGCGGCGAGCUGCACCCGCGUACCGGGCGCCUGGUGAGCUUGUCGGCCUGUGGGCGGACGGCGCGGCGACAGCAGCCGGGCCAAGAGUUUAACCACGGGCUGGUGUUGAGCCGCGAACCUUUGCGCGAUGGACGCGUCUUCACCGUCCGCAUCGACCGCAAGGUUAACUCCUGGAGUGGCUCCAUUGAGAUUGGGGUGACAGCUCUGGAUCCCAGUGUGCUGGACUUCCCAAGCAGUGCCACAGGACUGAAGGGGGGCUCAUGGGUAGUGUCGGGCUGCUCGGUGCUGAAGGAUGGGCGUUCUGUGCUAGAAGAGUAUGGCCAGGACCUGGAUCAGCUUGGCGAAGGGGACCGUGUGGGUGUGGAGCGCACAGUUGCUGGGGAGCUCCGGCUCUGGGUGAAUGGGCGGGAUUGUGGUGUGGCUGCCACAGGCCUCCCUGCCCGUGUCUGGGCUGUUGUGGACCUUUAUGGCAAGUGCACCCAGAUCACCGUGCUUCCCCCUGAGCCAGGCUUCAGCCCCCCUACUCCCAUCCCUACACCUCCCCUAGAGCCCUCAGCCCCCCCUGAGGAUUCUGCCUUGGCUCAACAGGGGACCUCUGGAGAUGAAGCCUUCAUGGUGUCCCCAGCGCAGGCCCGGCCGGAGUCGUUUCCUAACAACCUUGAGUCGCAUAAUGACUUUGCCAGCAUGGAGCUCUCUGAAGUGGUGAGCAAUGCCAUCCUAUCUGCCUACAAUGGGGGGCUCCUGAAUGUGAACCUGAGCUCUCCUCCAGCAAGGGAUGGACUGGGAUCUAGCGGUGCUGCUACCUCACCCAUCCUCACCUCCAACGAUGCCCUACUCUUUCAUGAGAAGUGUGGCACCCUCAUCAAACUCAGUAACAAUAAUAAGACCGCUGAGCGCCGGAGGCCCCUGGAUGAAUUCAACAAUGGGGUUGUCAUGACCAACCGCCCACUUCGGGACAAUGAAAUGUUUGAGAUCCGUAUCGACAAGCUUGUGGAUAAAUGGUCAGGCUCCAUUGAAAUUGGUGUCACCACUCAUAACCCCAACAGCUUGGAAUAUCCAGCCACCAUGACCAACCUCCAAUCAGGCACCAUCAUGAUGAGUGGCUGUGGGAUUCUGACCAAUGGCAAAGGCACUCGCCGGGAGUACUGUGAAUUCAGUCUGGAUGAGCUACAGAUGAAGUCCCUUGGGACCUGGAUGAUGACUGGGAAUGGGGUGAUGCACAAUGGGACAACCAUCCUGGAUGAAUAUGGGCACAACUUGGAUCGCCUCAAGGCAGGGGACACGGUAGGCGUGGUGCGGCGGGAGGACGGGACUCUACACUUCUUUGUCAAUGGAAUGACACAGGGUCCUGCUGCCUGGAAUGUACCCCCGGGUGUCUAUGCUGUCGUUGAUCUCUAUGGCCAAGCGGCCCAGGCCACCAUUGUGGACGACUUGGAGGUGCCUCCGGUCCCCGAGCCACUCUCUGAGGGGAAUAAUCAGGUGUCUCCAAGCUCCCCCUCCUCAGGGGCAGGGGCCUCUGACCUGCGCUUCCACCAGUUGCAUGGCAGUAAUGCAGUCAUCACUAACGGGGGCCGCACUGCACUCCGCCACAACUGCCGUAGCGAGUUCAAUGAUGCCAUUGUCAUUUCCAACCGGGCCCUGAGGGAUGGAGAGCUGUUUGAAAUUGUCAUUCAAAAGAUGGUGGACCGCUGGUCUGGCUCCAUUGAGGCUGGAGUAACUGCAAUUCGGCCCGAAGACCUGGAAUUCCCCAACACCAUGACAGACAUUGACUAUGAUACGUGGAUGCUGAGUGGCACAGCCAUCAUGCAAGAUGGUAACACCAUGCGCAAUAACUAUGGGUGCGACCUGGAUGCACUGGGCACAGGUGCCCGCAUUGGCAUGAUGCGAACUGCCAAGGGGGAUUUGCACUACUUCAUCAAUGGCCAGGACCAAGGCGCUGCCUGCUCAGGCUUGCCUCCGGAGGUGUAUGCAGUGGUGGAUCUCUAUGGCCAGUGUGUUCAAGUGUCCAUCACCAAUGCUACUGGCCCCAUGGAUAACAGCUUGGCAACCAGCAACACUGCCACUGAGAAGUCAUUCCCCCUGCACUCCCCUGUGGCUGGUGUGGCUCACCGAUUCCACAGUACGUGUGGCAAGAAUGUCACUCUGGAGGAGGAUGGCACAAGAGCAGUGCGUGUGGCUGGCUAUGCACAUGGCCUUGUUUUUAGCACCAAGGAGCUCAAAGCUGAUGAAGUGUUUGAGGUGAAAGUGGAAGAGCUGGAUGAAAAGUGGGCAGGUUCCCUCCGGCUGGGGCUGACCACACUAGCACCAGGAGAGAUGGGACCUGGAGCAGGUGGUGGCCCAGGGCUGCCUCCUUCCCUGCCAGAGCUCCGGACUAAGACCACCUGGAUGGUGUCCAGCUGUGAAGUGAGGCGUGAUGGACAGCUCCAGAGGAUGAACUAUGGCCGGAAUCUAGAGAGGCUGGGGGUGGGAAGCCGGGUGGGCAUUCGUCGGGGAACAGAUGACACCAUGCACAUCCUGGUGGAUGGAGAGGAUAUGGGACCUGCAGCUUCUGGCAUUGCCAAGAAUGUAUGGGCUGUGUUGGAUCUGUAUGGGCCAGUACGUAGUGUGUCCAUUGUCAGUUCCUCGAGAAUAGAAGAGCCAGAAAGUACUCAGCCUCCCUCCCCCAGCUCGGACACCGGCAGUGAAGGCGAGGAUGAUGAUGAGGGCGAGGAACGUGGCUUAGGAGACCAGAACCAAGUGGGUAUUAUACCCACAGCCCUUGAGUUCCUGGAGAACCAUGGGAAGAAUAUCCUUUUGUCCAAUGGGAACUGCACAGCCACGCGGGUGGCCAGCUACAAUCAGGGCAUUGUUGUCAUCAGCCAGCCCCUGGUGCCCCAGCUCCUGGUGCAGGUGCGGAUAGACUUCUUGAACCGACAGUGGACAUCUUCCCUUGUACUGGGAGUCAUCACCUGCCCACCAGAGAGGCUCAAUUUCCCUGCCUCUGCCUGUGCCCUCAAACGGGCAGCCUGGCUGUUGCGCGGCCGAGGUGUUUUCCACAAUGGUCUCAAGAUCUGUGAGAAGUUUGGGCCAAAUCUGGAUACGUGUCCUGAAGGCACCAUCCUGGGACUGCGGCUAGACAGCUCUGGGGGCCUGCAUCUCCAUGUCAAUGGGGUGGACCAGGGGGUAGCUGUACCUGACGUGCCCCAGCCCUGCCAUGCACUUGUGGACCUCUAUGGGCAGUGUGAGCAGGUGACAAUUGUGAGUCCUGAGCCAGGGGCUGCCAAUGGGAAAAGUGCUGGAACCCAAGGGGACAUGGAGAAAGCUGACAUGGUGGAUGGUAUCAAGGAGAGUGUGUGCUGGGGUCCACCACCCACUGCUAGCCCUCUAAAGAGCUGUGAGUACCAUGCCCUUUGCUCCCGCUUCCAAGAACUGCUGCUGCUUCCUGAGGAUUAUUUCAUGCCUCCACCGAAGCGUAGCCUGUGCUACUGUGAAUCUUGCCGGAAGCUUCGAGGAGAUGAGGCCCACAGGCGCAGAGGGGAGCCCCCACGAGAAUAUGCCCUGCCCUUUGGCUGGUGCAGGUUCAACCUCAGAGUGAAUCCCCGCCUGGAAGCUGGGACACUAACCAAAAAGUGGCACAUGGCAUAUCAUGGGAGCAAUGUGGCAGCUGUACGGAGGGUGCUGGACCGGGGGGAACUGGGAGCAGGAAGUGCCUCCAUCCUGAGCUGCCGGCCCUUGAAGGGAGAGCCGGGAGUGGGGUUUGAGGAGCCUGGUGAGAACUGUGCACCUCCCCGGGAGGAGCAACCCCCUCCAGUGCUGCUCUCUCCCUCCCUUCAAUAUGCUGGGGCCGAGCCCCUGGCCUCCAAAGUGCAAUUCCGGGACCCCAAAUCCCAGCGGACGCAUCAGGCCCAGGUGGCGUUCCAGGUGUGUGUGCGCCCUGGCUCCUACACCCCUGGCCCUCCUUCUGCUGCACUCCGAGAACCCCCGGACCCACACUUUAGCCCGGCCGAACUUGAAUGGGUCACAAAGGAAAAGGGGGCCACACUCCUCUAUGCCCUGCUGGUACGGGUGGAAUGAGGGGUGAAACGCCACUACUACAAGCACAGCUGGGCCUAGGCCCUGGACUCUUGAGUGAAGACUGCCUCCACCUCAUUCCAGUGACUCAUGGCAUGCACAGGUGCUGUCCUGGCAGACAUGGGAGCACUAGGCAAGCUCUCAGAUUCACAUGGGAAGUGGGGCACAUUUCCACGGCCAGGGCCCAGCACACUUCCUCUGCUGGAGAAUGAGUUCAUGGGGAGCCCAGCACCAGGCCCUGGAUCCCCUUCAUGCACUGACUUGGGGAACAUGACUCCCUAUUACUCCCCUCCCCAUAUCACUUAAUUUAUUUCCGUUUUUUUGUUUCUGGUUACUGUGAAUUCCAAAGGGGUCUCUCCCUGUGCCCACGCGAAGCUGCUUUUUCCCCCGGGCAAUGGGGUGGGAGUGGGGACGGAAGGGCGGGCCCAAGGAAGACGCGGGCUCUGUACAGUUGAUACUGACUCUUGAUUUCUAAGGAGCCAAU